AUGGUAAAUCUUCCUAGAAGAUUCUUAGAAUGUCUGAGAAUCUCAGGCCUCAGCUUUAGAGACCACAGAGGAGCCAAACUGUGUACCUGGAUUCAAGUGACCAGAAAGCACCUGGAGCGGGGUACAAGGCUGGGCAGAGUGGGCUUCAAUGACGGCACAAACCCCACAAGAUUCUCCGUCAUCAGUAAUGACAGACGUUUCAUCGUACAUCCAGAUGGGAUAUUGAUGGUAGGGAGGGAGGUUUUUCUUCAUGAAGGACACCUUGACUUCUUUAUCCAUGUUAGGAACUCGCAUGGUAAAAAAAUGACAGUUCCUGUCAAGGUAGUGCACCAUGGACUUCACCGUGGGCAUCACCAAGGGGAUAACCACGUGCAUCACCAUCAGAAAACUCAAGGGAAAAAACAGGGAGAUCAUCAUGGUCAUUCCCAUUUGCAUCACCAAGGGAAAAUUCAUGGGCAUCAACAUGGGCAACACCAGCGAAAGGUUGAGCAUCACCUCGGAGAGCAAAGACACCACAACAAUCAGCACCACCUGAAUGAAGUGGACUCUGCUAACAAUACAGAGAAUGCCACCACCCCAGAGGUGCCUGUUCUGAAAUUCCCCAAGUCUGUUGUUGGAUUGAAGAGGAGGAAGAGAGACUGGGUUAUUCCUGCCAUCAAUGUUCCUGAAAAUCACAAAGGACCCUAUCCCCAUAAAGAAUCUCAGAUCCGUUCUAGUGAAGAUACAGUGAAGACGAUAUAUUACAGCAUCACUGGUCCAGGAGCUGAUGAGCCUCCCUACGGCCUUUUCACAAUGGACAAGUUUACUGGUACUUUGUAUCUGACACAGCCUCUAGACAGAGAGAAGCAGGCCAGGUACACGUUACAAGCACAUGCUGCGGUAGAGGGGUCACGAAAUGCCGAGGAGCCGAUGGAUUUUAUAGUGAAUGUGAUAGACCAGAAUGACAACAAACCUGUUUUUGUUCAAGAUACAUUUCUGGGAGAAGUUCCUGAAUCCUCACCAACAGGUUUUGAGGUGAUAACGGUCUUGGCCACAGAUAUGGACGAGCCAGGUAAUGCCAAUUCAAUUGUUCGUUACCGUAUUCUGAGCCUGGAUCCAGUCUUCCCCAGUGGCCCACUGUUUGCGAUCAACCCAAUCACUGGAGCAAUCAGAGUCAAUGCCCGUGGGCUAGACAGAGAGAAAAACCCAAAGCACACUCUGGUGAUAGAGGCAGCAGACAUGGAGGGAGAAGGGUUGACUGUAACUACAAGAGUAAUCAUCACUGUAUCAGACAGCAAUGACAACCCUCCAGCUUUCACUCAGUCCACUUAUGAGGCAACGGUACCAGAAAAUAGAGUGGGCGCUCUGGUCGUUACGAUGGUGGUAACAGAUCGUGAUGAGCCACAUUCACCAGCCUGGAACGCCAAAUUCAAGAUUGUUGAUGGUGAUCCUGGAGGCCUGUUCACAGUCACAACAGGAAGUAACAAACAGGAAGGGAUCAUUACUACUGCCAAGGGUCUUGACUUUGAAAUGAUCCGCAAGCACACUCUGUUGGUUGCAGUGGAGAAUGACAUCCCAUUUGCUACUCCACUGCCCACUGCCACAGCCAUAGUUGUGGUGAACGUGCAGGAUGUCAACGAAGCUCCAGUCUUUGAACCACUGGAAAAGUUUGUUUCGAAACGGGAGAACCGUCCUGUUGACAGUGACGUGGUGCAGUACAUUGCUUCUGAUCCGGACAUUGCACGCAAACAGACAGUCAUUGAUUUGCUGCGAUUGUCCUCAUCCUCAAUUGUCUCCAGUCUCCAUAUUGAGCCCAGCUGAGUCUACUUUCCAUCACCUUCAAAUCCUCUCCCGAUCUCCAUUCUCUUCCAUCCAUCAACCACCACCAGUGUUUAGACUGAGUAUACUAUGGUCAGCUUCACACCCUUUCUAUUAUGAUGAGUUCUUAAGUUUCCUGACAUCACUUACCCU